AUGUCUAACUUGGGGGAUAAAAACAAAGUAAUCAAUGCGGCAGUUGAUGAUGAUGAGCCGGAUGAGUGGGACAAGAGAAUCUUCAGCACAGGCUGCGCCACUGAGAAUACCAAGAUGAAUGAUUGCUUUUAUGAAAAGAAAGACUGGCGACAGUGUAAAGAGGAGGUAUGUAAACCGCAAAUCCUUCCCUUUCAGAUAUCUAAGCGGUUCCGCACCCGAGUAACCGGGACUCUACAAUUGUCAAGUGCGUGGCUAAUUGAUACCCUCUUUAAAGCUCGACAACUUCAAGCUCUGUUGGAAGAAACAGAGCAAUGACAAGAGGACAAGUAUGAAGGAUGCGUAGGGAAGUGCAUAUUGAGCUCGACAAAAAGGCGGCUGUACAUCAGUAAAUGUAUAUAUUAUUAUUGUAUUAUUAAAUAGACAAACUCCAAUCUA